ACUGAAAUAUUUGAAUAUUUCCCCCUGUCUCAAAACUUUUUUUUCCUCGGCACUGCCCUCAGUCGGAGCGCUGUGUGUGAUGUCGCUGAACGCGUGGUUGCAGUGCCGCGGUCGGAGCGCUCUCUCUGCGGUUCCACAGCAAUAAAAAAAGAAAGAAAAACGCGUGAGGUGAACAAAAGGACAGGAGCUCCAUGAUAAAGGACUGUAUCUUGGAGAAAAGUGGCUGGCCGGAGCCCGUCAGCAUGCGGGUCCUGUUGAGCGUCCUGUACCCGGUCCUUUCCCUCACCAUCUUCGGAUUGUAUCCCUCUAUGACUAUCGGUCCAAAGGAGGGCUGGCAGGUGUACAGCUCAGCCCAGGAUGCUGAUGGGCGCUGCAUCUGCACAGUGGUGGCACCAGAACAAAGCCUGUGCUCUAGAGACGCCAAGAGCAGACAGCUCCGCCAGCUACUAGAGAAGGUGCAGAACAUGUCUCAGUCCAUUGAGGUGCUGAACCUGCGCACUCAGAGGGAUUUCCAGUAUGUCAUGAAGAUGGAAAACCAGAUGAAGGGUCUGAGAACCAAGUUCAGACAGAUUGAGGAUGACAGGAAAUCCAUCAUAGCCAGAAAUUUCCAGGAGCUUAAGGACAAGAUGGACGAGCUGAAGCCGUUGAUCCCUGUGUUGGAGCAGUAUAAGAUGGAUGCUGCACUCAUCUCUCAGUUCAAGGAUGAGAUCAGAAACCUGUCUGCGGUGUUGACAGGCAUACAGGAGGAACUUGGGGCGUAUGACUACGAUGAGCUUUAUCAGCGAGUCCUGCGACUAGACAGUCGGCUCCGCAGCUGUAUGGGCAAGCUGACGUGUGGGAAAUUAAUGAAAAUCACUGGACCUGUUACAAUAAAGACAUCUGGAACCCGGUUUGGGGCAUGGAUGACUGAUCCUCUCGCAUCAACCAGAAACAACAGGGUUUGGUAUAUGGACAGCUACAGCAAUAGCAAGAUUGUACGUGAAUACAAGACAAUGGAAGACUUUGUAGCAGGAGUGGUUUCUCGAACCUACAGCCUCCCCUUUAAAUGGGAGGGAACAAAUCACAUGGUCUACAAUGGAUCGCUUUAUUACAACAAGUACCAGAGCAACAUCAUUGUCAAGUAUAACUUCGAGACGGGCAGCGUGCUGGCCCAGCGAGCUUUGGAAUUUGCCGGCUUCUACAACAUGUACCCAUAUACGUGGGGGGGAUACUCUGACAUCGACGUCAUGGCUGAUGAACUGGGAAUGUGGGUUGUGUACGCAACCAAUCAAAAUGCUGGAAAUGUUGUCAUCUCUCAGAUCGACCCUGACACCCUGCAGGUCCUAAAGACUUGGACCACCGAAUAUUCCAAAAGGAACGCAGGUGAAUCUUUCAUGAUCUGCGGGACACUUUAUAUUACUAAUUCUCACCUGUCGGGAGCAAAGGUUUACUACGCUUACUCUACCAAGACUUCGACCUAUGAAUACAUAGACAUUCCUUUCCACAACCAGUACUUUCACAUCUCCAUGCUCGACUACAAUGCCAGAGAGAGGGCGCUGUACGCUUGGAAUAAUGGGCAUCAGGUAAUAUUUAAUGUGACCCUUUUUCAUGUCAUAAAAACUGAUGAUGAUUCUUAAGUGUGAUACUUUUCAACUACAACUACAGCACCAUCGUUUGUGAUACAAGGACCUCCUUAUUGACCAUGUUUUCUUCUAUUUGAAAUGGACUGUGGUUUCUUUACUUCGCAUUACUUGAACUUUUCUAAUUUUUGCCUCUGGAUUCUUGGCUGACUUGAGCAUGGACUUUAAUGCUUUACUGAAAAACAUGCUAUACGGUUUAUACACAUUUCCGUUGCUGCUGAUCAGACUAGUAUGCCUUAUUUGCUAAGUGUCAGGUCUGCCAGCACAAGACGCUUUUGCAUGAAUGUUAACAUUUUGUCCACAGUGAUUUGCUAUGACAUGACUGUGUUUUGUUGCAAAAUUGUUACUUGCUUUACAGUGUUUGCUUUCUUUGUCUUAUUAAAAUUCUAUUUAAAAGUAUUUAAACCUUGAAAGUAACGUAUUAAUGAUUGUAAAAUGUAGUUGCCAUUCUUUUAAAGAUGGCCCUGUAAAAUAUUAUUGUUAUGUAUGUCUCUGUGGAAGAACAUUUGUAUUUUUUAUAAAACCAAAACCAUGAGACGAUAUCGGCGCAUUUUCAUUAAAACAAAUUAUUGUACAUUUCAUUCAAAUUAUUUUGUCUGCUAAAAAUGAAUAUCGCCCCUGAUCUGAUGAAGAAGCAGUCAGCACCCUAGUCUAGUCAUUCGGCUUAUUCCAAUCAGGAAAGGAUGCAUCCCACAGUGGAAGCCAUUUGCCUUGUUUGGUUUGUGUCCAUCAUAGGCAUGCAGUAUUCAUAUUAGCAUAUGAGCACUCAUCUAAAAGAGUUUGAGGUAUGCUGCAGAUGACUCUCCCUUUUGAAACCCAACCUGUAUCAUCUUAAACAGGACAAUUUGAUCAAAUGACUUCUCCUGAAAGGUGAUGGAAAAAUAGAAGUAUAGUACUGCACACAAGUCUUAAGCUGUACCUCAUUUCUUUAUACUGUAUUUUUUAAAUAUACAUGGAAAUACAGAGUAUAAGGCAAAAACAGUUUGUACAAUUCUUAAAACCUUGAAAUUCAACGACCAUCUUUAUUCUUUAUAUUCUGAACUUUCUUAUUCUGCUUUCUUGUUAUUUCUUUAAGUAGUCUUCAGAAACAGUUCUCCAAGCUUCUUGAAGGACAUUCAAAGCUUUCCUUUGGAUGUUGGUUCCCUUCUGUUCCUUUCUAUGUCAAAAUGAUCCCACACUACUUCAAUAAAGUUGAGAUCCAGGCUAUGGGGAGGCCAAUCCAUGACUCUAUUGUGUGUUUUUCUAACCAGGUAUGUUUUGUUAUCAGCAGUGUGUUUGGGAUCAUUGUCAUGACUAGAAGAGUAGAAUUUUCAAGUAUCUGCGCUUUAUUUGAGUAGUUUUUCUCUGACAACUUUUUACUUUCACUCCCUAAAUUUUUAAACAAAUAUCUGUACUUUCUACUCCUUAUAUUUUCAAAAUGAGCUAGUUACUUUUGGUUUAACAAAUUUGCAGGGAGUUAUUGUUUCACAUCACUGAGAGCCUUCAAACAUGAAACCGAUUUGAGCCUAAACAGAAACACAUGAAAGGUAGUCCUGUUUGUAUAUUAAUCACCAGGGUAUGUCACAUAAAGACAAAUGACGUGUUGAUAAACUGGAAAUGUAAAGCUUACAUGUAAGUCCUCAUGGUUUUAACUCAGAUAUUGAGUCUGUAAAUUUGAACCUAGUUUUUCAUAUUGUGAAACAUGCUGCAAAGCAAACUGAGGUAGAUCAACUGUGUGCAGGUUAGUGCAGGAUAAACAGGGUAGUUUGCUGUACUGUGAUGGAUUUAAAGUAAAGAACAGUGU